AGCAGCUCUGGACACGGAGUGCCUUGCGGUUGAGUGCUCUGUAGGUUUUCCCAGGGCGGAGAACCCUUCCCCCUUUCUGAGAGGCUGCGGAACCUGCCCUCAAGUCACACAGCCGGGAGGCCGGAUGCAGGUCCUAGUCGGCCGUCUUCCCUCCGCUAGCCCUGUAGGGUUCCGUUUCCUUCCGGGCUGUUGUGUAGUGCAACUCCUGCACCAGUAGGUUACAAGCUGCAGCAGGAACACAGGGCGGCCCCAGCAGUGGUGGGGCGGUGACCCCGCGCGGCUAGCCUGCUAGAGUCCUCGAGUGGGGCACGCUCCUCCAAGAGCACUGGAUUAGGGUCCUUCAGCAGCCAGGGCUGGGGACUCGAUGGCUAGGGAAGGGAGUCCCCAGACUGACCCUGCCUGUAGCAGCGCCCUCCACCUGCGGGCCCCGCCCCGCCCGCCCAUCCGCGGGGAGUGUCCCGGGACCUUGCCCAGCUGGGCGGGGACCCGCGCGCUGAGCAGCACGGACUCAACUAAAGCCUUGGGGACGCCGGGGAUCCCUCUGGUGCUGCAGCGGUUUCCACGUCGAGCCGGGGACACGCCAUGCUGAGCCGGCGCCGCGUCUUUGCGGUGGAGCGACUUGGCGGCCGGGAUGGGGCCUUUGAGGACCUGGCACAAGGCUGUGUGGUACCAGGAGUCACCUGCACCUACAGACGGAUACCAGACAAAACUCAUGGGUGUUCACUGGACUUCAGGGAGGGGCAGAGUGAGCCUAGUGAUCUGGAGGGACAGGCGCCACUUCUGAAAUUGGCUUCCCAGGACUCAGGCAUGGAGAUGGUGGUUGGGGACGGCCCCUUGGCUACCUUAUCAGGACUUUCUCAAGAUUCUCUGAACCUUGAGCCCACAGGGAGCCCCGAGCUGCCUUCUGCCCAGCUAGACAGGCUGCUGGCCAGACAGAAGCUGGAGCAGGUGUUGGAGAGGUCUCGAGAAUUUCCCAGCUUAUCAGGAAGGCGGCGCCGAUCCCUGCAGCUGCUGAGCAAGCCUGUAGGUGGAGUACCCAUCUUUGCAGGAGAACAGGAGUCCACUGAGGCAGACACGGAGCUACAGGCUGGUGCGGAAGAAACAAAGGUGGUGGGUGAUGUGGAGCCUGGAGCCUGGAGUUGCCUUCCAGGGCAGGGUUUGCGUUACCUGGAACACCUGUGUCUUGUGCUGGAGCAGAUGGCAAGGCUCCAGCAGCUGUACUUGCAGCUGCAGACCCAGAGACCCUCUAGGGAUCCCGAGGAGGAAGAAUUGGCUCCAGCUCGUUCCUCUUUACAUACUUCAGACAAUAGGGUGCAGGGGCAUCGAGAGGAACCAAGCCAGACAAAUGACUCAGGUGCAGAGGCAGCUCCACUCCCAGAGGUGGGGGCACUUGCUGCCAACCCUCCCAGGCUGCCAGAGGCCUUGCUGGAACCAACCCAUGUCCUUCCACCCUCCCAGGGACACAAGCAGGAUCUUUCUUACUGGAACAAGGUUAAAGUUCUGCUCAGUCGGGUCCGUUGGAGGAGCCCCCAACUUCCUGAGCCUCCUGCUCCUCUUGAGAGUUCUGGACCCAGGAUGGAGUUCAGGGACGUUUCUGAAAGGCCCCAGUGCCACUCCCACCGGAAGACCUUUAUUCCCUCCUUGGUGGUUAAGAAGCCACGAACAAAAAAUCUUUCUGUAUGACCUCCUGGUGUCACCGGGUGACCUUGGGUGGAGGGGAUCUCCCAUGAGGCCCCUCACCUUUUGGCUUACUGCUGCUUCUCUGCAGUGCCAGGAAAGGCUGUUGCUCACUGCUCCUCUUCAAGGUGAGGGCCAAGUCUAAGCAGCAUGGCCAAGGAGCCUUGCUUCCCUGAGAGGCCCUCAAGCGCAGUUCCAGCACUCUCGCUCCUUGUCAGAAAUCUCUGGGCUUAGGCACUGUGAACUGACUCCUUUAUCAGGUGCUCACAGAGUGUGUUUGGUGUGAUAAUGUGUCAGCGUGUUGCAGAUGUACGUUUAAGCAAUCUUUGCUGGACUUUUCACUGCCUGGUUUCAAUCAUCUGAUGGAAUCACACACCCAAGGAGUUGGUGUUUUGGGUGUAACCGGAAGGACAGCACUGGUCCUCAUCCCACAAUGGACAGUUACUGAUGGGGAUUUGCAGUGUCUUCUUCAUACUGGCGAGGCAGCUCUGGGACAGAAAACAACGCUGCCUCGGCUACCUUUGUAUUUGAGUCAUGGCCCUGAAGCACGGCCUUUGAAGACUGAAUGAGGAAUGGGGGCAAGAUCAAGGAGAAUGU